CCUGCCUGCCGAACGGAACCCUCCGCUCCGGCGGCUGCGAGCCCCGGGGAUAGGGACCCUGAGAAGGAUUGAAGACGGGCCAGUGGGGUCUCAAGAAGGAGCUCGACCAGCAGACUCACCACCCGGUCAGGAAACCGCUCCUCGUACAUGUUUCGCAGGUUUCUGUCUCUUCUGUAGGUCACUGUGAAAGAGCACAGGUUUCAUGGCCACAGACAGAGCUGCACUCGGUACGAGGAAACACCUGAAGCGCCCAGCUCACAUUCAGCGCUCCUGUCCUCAGUCAACGACACCGGUGCACUCACUUGCUUGCACGGCCUCUUCGCACGGACGCGCCUCGUCGGAAGGACAGAAGAGGCUUUCACACCUUCUUCUGACGGGAGCAGGACCAGGUGUCCGGAGCGGCGUCAAACCCACUGAAGCCUCGGACGAGAAACCGACACGAAGGCAGAGAGAUAGCAACUAAUGAGGGGGCACCGCUUGAACUAGUCUCUUCGUGACUUUCGGUUCAAACACGUGGCGCAUUUCAACACACACACACACACCAGACGCAGACCGAGCACCGCGGGUGUUCGUUAGCUUAGCUUUAGCUCUUGUGCUGAGCCCGGCGUGACGCGAGCAGCAGCGGAGCACAGCGCAGUGCAUUGUGGGAAGUGUGAAACGACGACACGGAUCGCCAUCCACAGGAGGGCCGUCUGGAGACGCACGUCAGGUUGGUCGUGGUUGAAAUGCGCCUGUUUUUCGACUGAUUCGUAAGAGUGGUGAAUGAGCCAGGGACGCUCACCUGCAUCCCAUCCAGUAGGCGGCGGUAAAGCUGCCGCCCGCCAAGACACUUGCUCACCACCAGGAGGAGGACAUGGCGAGCGUCGCCGCCUAGCCUUCUGUCGACAGCUGAGGGCUGAGUUUCUCUGGCCGUGUGUUGCAGGAGCGGCGUGUUUCAGGCCUCAGAAUGAGCGGCGGUUUGGCUCCGAGUAAAAGCACCGUCUAUGUUUCCAACCUGCCUUUCUCCCUCACCAACAACGACCUGCACAAGCUCUUCACCAAAUAUGGACAAGUUGUCAAGGUCACUAUUGUCAAGGACAAACACACGCACCGCAGCAGAGGCGUGGCGUUCGUGCUGUUCCUGGAGAAAGAGUCCGCACACGCCUGCGCUCGGGCCGUCAACAACAAGCAGUUGUUUGGCAGGACGGUGAAAGCCAGCAUAGCCAUCGACAACGGACGGGCUGCCGAGUUCAUCAGGAGGAGGAACUACACGGACAAAUCCAAGUGUUACGAGUGCGGGGUGAGUGAGCGACAGACCGCGCGUCCUGCCGCGGUGCCUGACUGGCCGUCAACACUACAGGAGACGGGACAUCUGAGCUACGCCUGCCCCAACAACAUGCUCGGCGAGAGAGAGCAGCCCAAGAAGAAGGACAAGAAAAAGAGGAAGAAGAGUCAGCAGGCAGAUCAAGUCGAAGAAGAGGAGGACAGUGAGGCGGAAGGAGAGGAUCCGGCGCUGGACAGUUUGAGUCAAGCCAUUGCUUUUCAAGUGAGUGGGAAAAGUGGAUUCCUAGCUGGUUCCGGUCGGAUGUUUGCGCCAGUGAGUGUGGUGUGUUUCUGUAGCAAGCUCGAAUCGAGGAAGAGGAGGAUAGAAGAAGGAAGACUGCAGUCGCGUCUCAGGCUGAAGGUGGCCCAUCCUCGUCCUCGUCUUCAGACCCCAGGAAACCCAGGAUCAAAAAGAGCGCAUACUUCAGCGAUGAAGAGGAAGUCAGCGACUAAAGGAAAUAUGAACCCGCCCCUUUUUUGAAGUUGGACUGCAUUCUGCUUAUACAGGGGAUUUUUCCACUGUUGAACCAGGACCACAAGUGUUUUCUAAUAAAAUGUGUGACUGAUCCAAAGUACAAAGAGACUCCCAAAUGACGUAGUGU